CAUCAUCCUCACAUUUGUCAAAAUUUUUGUCGUAUAUACGUCAAAUUCGAAAAGUGCCCGUCGCCGUCCAUUUUCAAUGGCGCGUUUGAAAUUAUCAAAAUUUGUGCGUGAAACAUGACUAUAGAUCACGAAAAGAAAUCCAAAUUAUUUUCAGGAAUCAUUAGGAAUUUUAAAAGGGGGUCCAUCCAGAGGCACCUCAAAAAACCUUGGGAGACAUCUCGACCUAUGAUGGGAGACAAUUCGAUCCACAAAAAAACUACCUGCUCAAGACGGGAGACAACUCGACCUUGGUGGCAACAUAACUGGUUUUUUUCUCGAGCGAUCCAAAUAUUCGUCUAAAAAUUCCGGCACUUUCCCAAUUAAUGACAGAUCCAGAAUCGGAUCCAGCCAUCUAAAUCACCAUUUUAGAUGAUGACAGAUGACUACGAUUUAAGAAAAAAUCUGCCUUCAAGUACCUUAGAAGCUCUCGAAACGGAAAUUACAGAAAUAUUGGCGACAUGUCAAAAUGUGGUUGAUAAAGACACCAGGAUUAGAUUGAAGCAGAUCAAUAAUGGAAAUAUUUUCGAUUAUGACACCAAUACGAAUAUUGAAAAGCUUGCUCAGGACAUGACAUGCAUUCUCGAAAAUUUCAAGCAACACCUCUCAAUUGGCAAACCAGACAAUGAUUCCCGAUUAAAGAAGAAAGUAAAGGAGAUACAUGACGAGAAGUAUGGAGGAAAGAGAAAACUAGAACAGCUAAGAAAAGACGAAAGGGAAAAAGUUAAAGAACAUGGAGAAAAUAUAAAAGUUACAGAUACAGAGGACGAUAAACAGGCCGAGGCGCAGAAAAUAAAAGAUAUAGAAAAAUUAAUGAAACAAAGGAAUUUAGACGACAGACGACCGGCGUGGGAGAAGAUGACAUUAGAUCCCAAUAAAAAAUAUUUGGAACUUUAUAAUGCAUCGUUCUUAUCAAAAAAUAGAUUGUUGAUGCCACCAGAAAAAUCGAAUAAAGUGAUAACCUACAAAUUCACUAAAACUGAAGGCAAAACGGUUACUGUGGUACCUAGCAAUAAAGUUUCGGAAAAAUUUCGAUCGUCUACGUCUACAUCUCUAAUUGAGAAAAGCAAAAUCGUCCAGAAAAAGAGUAACACGCAGAAACCUAACCAAAAUGUCAAAGAUGUGAAAACGAAGUCGGCUAAAACUAGCAGAGAUUCUUCUCCUUCGAAAAAGAACGAUUUAGAUUCCAAUACUCCUAGCCGGCCGAGUUUAAAACGAAAAAUACAACAACGCAGUAGUAGCAGUAGAAGUAAAGAUUUGCAAAAAAGUGUAUCACAUAUCUCAAAGAUAGGGGAAAAUGUUCGAAAUUGUAUCAAUGUGCCACCUCUAAAACCACCGGUCAUACCAACAAUUGAGAACAUCCUUAAAAAAACGUUUAUUGCAUCGAAACCAUUGACCAAAUCACUACCGAGGCGAUCAAAGACCUCCAUCUCCAGUAACAGUCCAUCUGUAAAAUCCUUCACAAAAUGUGAGAAGCCCAGUAAUCUGGUUAUUACUACUCAUUCGGCUAAUCCUGGAUACAGUUUUGUUAGAACAAGUUCAAACUCUCUUAGUGGAAGUAUAAUGUCAUUAAAGAAAAGAUCUCAAAUGCCGAAAGACGUCUACAAUCCGUUUGGAGUUCUAAAAGAUGAAGUCGAUGAUGCUAUAACGAAGCGAAGGACAUUCACUGUAAGAGGAUGUUAUCCAGUUAUACGACAAGCUCUGAUACGAAGAGGUUGGAUUGAAAAGGUUCACGCUUCAUACAGGGAUGAUACCAGAGCGCUAAAGAAUUACUUAACACUGACCAUGCAAGAAUUGUAUGAUCUAACUAAACUGGGGCAAACACAUCAGAUUGCUAAGAAAGUGUUAAGGUCGAAGCUGCUGGGUCCUGGACAUCAGGUUGACCUAUACUGGGCACCUAAUUAUGACUCCUAUCAAGAGUGUUACGACAAAAUUAAGAUGACCCUUAUAAAUAAGAUCAGAUGGAAAUCUGUUUCUUACACUAGCAAACAUGGUCUAUGCGAAGCAUCCAGACAAUCGUUUUGGUUCCAUUUGCCGGGCAUUUCAAAGUUGAACGUUCCUCGAAGCUACAGGUUGGCCAAAGAAGGCGAUGCCGAAGAAUUUGUUAAAGAUUUCAACACGACAGCCGCCAUGUCGCUUUUGAAAUGGGUCAAGAGUAGAUGCGAAGUUCAACAUGCCAAGCUUAUGAACACAACCGGAAAAGUGCCGCUGAGAAUGUUUGAUUUUGCCAUCAAUGAGUGCUACAAGUUUUUAAAACGAGCUAGACAUGAAGAUAUUGACCAAGAAAUCAAAGAUGCACUUUCUCACGAAUGGAACGAAUUCUUGGAGUACUUUUAUAAGAUAGUCCACGUAGGAAACCUCUUCAAAUUAGAGGACCACGUUACUGAAGUUGAUAUGCUCCGUAGGGCUAAUUAUGUUUUGGAAAGGUUAAGAGAUUAUUAUCCCUACCUCGAUAUGGACGGCGAACUAAAUAUUUGGAUACUAAAACCGACCAAUAGUUGUAGAGGGAUAGGCAUACAUAUGUGUAGAACACUAAAGUACGUACUGGAUACUGUAAAAGCCAAUCCUAAUAGGCGGUAUAUCAUCCAAAAAUAUAUUGAACGUCCUUUGUUAAUAUACAAUACCAAAUUUGAUAUUAGACAAUGGUUUAUGAUCAGUUCAACAGUCCCAUUAACAAUAUGGCUAUAUAAAGUUUGUUACCUGAGGUUCAGUUCCCAGACAUACAACCUAAAAAAACUUCAUGAAUCCAUACACCUUACAAAUAAUUCGGUACAGUGCAAAUACAGGAAUGCUCACCAAGAUCCGCAUUUGCCUACAUAUUGCAUGUGGGAUUCCAAUGAAUUUAGAACUUACUUAAUCGGUAAAGGUCAGCCCUCUGCGUUCAAUGACAUAGUUUAUCCUGGAAUGAAAGAAUGUAUAACAGCCGCUGUUUUGAUGCAUCAUGAAAACAUGGAGAAGAGAAGAAACACUUUCGAAGUGUACGGAGCAGACUUCAUUUUAACAGAAGAUUUUAUACCGUGGCUUUUAGAAAUAAACGCUAAUCCAGCCUUGCAUGCUUCUACUCCAGUCACUGCCAGAUUGUGUCCUAAACUUAUGGAAGACGUAAUUAAAGUUGUCGUGGAUUAUGAACGGAACAAAAGUGCCAAUACAGGAAAUUUCGAAAUGAUCUACAGAGCAACGGGAAAGACGGACGGACCAUGUAGAGAGAUGAAAAAUAUGUCGGUAGACGGCAGACCUUUGAAUGCAGAUUAUUUUUAUCGUUCCAAAUGGUCGCCCAAAGAUAGAGAAGCCGAGACCACGGACUGGGGACUGAAUAGAAAAAUAAAAAAUAUAUCGAGGAAUCCAGACACUACAGACUUUGGAUUAGUUUCAGUAACGGGGAUGAAAGAAACAUUGCACAGUCUCUUAGAACUUCUGAAGAACGAGAAAGAACGUAGAAAAGCUGUAAAAAGACGCGCCAUCAUUGAAGAACCACCAUACCCAUUUCCUAUGGGAGUCGAAACUUGGCUCGAAAAAAGGAAAAGUACAUAACGAUAUUGUCUUUACUGUGAAUGCCUAAAUGUUUUUAAUUAUUGGAACCAAUAAAAACUCACUUGUGUAAAAAAUAUUGCAU